CUCUCAUUUCAUCCAUUCCAUUUUACAAUCCCAACUAAUAUUUCUCUCUUUCCCAUCUUCAUGGAAUCAAAAUCAAACUCAGGUGUAGAAAUAGUGACAGUUGAUGUUCAUGAAGCCAAAGCACUUGUAGACUCCGGCUACCGUUAUCUUGAUGUCAGGACAGAAGAAGAGUUCAUGAUAGGCCGUGUUGAUCUAGAAGAUUCUCUGAAUAUUCCUUACAUGUUCGUCACUCCUGAAGGGCGUGUGAAGAACCCUAAUUUCUUGGAGCAGGUUUUGGCAGCUUACAGCAAAGAUGAUCGUAUAGUUGUGGGGUGUCAAAGUGGAGUGAGAUCAGCUUAUGCAACAUCUGAUCUUGUUAAGGCUGGAUUGAAGGAGGUUUAUAAUAUGGGAGGGGGAUAUGCUUCAUGGGUUAACAAGGGUUUAGCUGUGAAGAUAUCUGCUGAUUAAUUUGGUUAAUUAAGUGAUUAAUUAAGAAGAAUGAAUGUAUUAACAUUUCAUUUCUAUCUAUCUUAUCAUUGAUAUGAAUAAUUUAUGUACUUUCAUUAUCUAUAUUAAUAAAAGUAAACUUAUAU